AAGCUCGCGCCGCCGUCGCCGCCGCCGCUCAGCUUCCCCGGGCGCGUCCAGGACCCGCUGCGCCAGGCGCGCCGUCCCCGGACCCGGCGUGCGUCCCCACGAGGAAAGGGACCCCGCCGCUCGAGCCGCCUCCGCCAGCCCCGCUGCGAGGGGUCCCAGAGCCAGCCGCGCCCGCCCUCGCCCCCGGCCCCGCAGCCCUCCCGCCCCGCGCGCCAUGAACGCCCCCGAGCAGCAGCCCCAACCCGACGGCGGUGACGCCCCAGGCCACGAGCCUGGGGGCAGCCCCCAAGACGAGCUUGACUUCUCCAUCCUCUUCGACUAUGAGUAUUUGAAUCCGAACGAAGAAGAGCCGAAUGCACAUAAGGUCGCCAGCCCACCCUCCGGACCCGCAUACCCCGAUGAUGUCCUGGACUAUGGCCUCAAGCCAUACAGCCCCCUUGCUAGUCUCUCUGGCGAGCCCCCCGGCCGAUUCGGAGAGCCGGAUAGGGUAGGGCCGCAGAACUUUCUGAGCGCGGCCAAGCCAGCAGGGGCCUCGGGCCUGAGCCCUCGGAUCGAGAUCACUCCGUCCCACGAACUGAUCCAGGCAGUGGGGCCCCUCCGCAUGAGAGACGCGGGCCUCCUGGUGGAGCAGCCGCCCCUGGCCGGGGUGGCCGCCAGCCCGAGGUUCACCCUGCCCGUGCCCGGCUUCGAGGGCUACCGCGAGCCGCUUUGCUUGAGCCCCGCUAGCAGCGGCUCCUCUGCCAGCUUCAUUUCUGACACCUUCUCCCCCUACACCUCGCCCUGCGUCUCGCCCAAUAACGGCGGGCCCGACGACCUGUGUCCGCAGUUUCAAAACAUCCCUGCUCAUUAUUCCCCCAGAACCUCGCCAAUAAUGUCACCUCGAACCAGCCUCGCCGAGGACAGCUGCCUGGGCCGCCACUCGCCCGUGCCCCGUCCGGCCUCCCGCUCCUCGUCACCUGGUGCCAAGCGGAGGCAUUCGUGCGCCGAGGCCUUGGUUGCCCUGCCGUCCGGAGCCUCACCCCAGCGCUCCCGGAGCCCCUCGCCGCAGCCCUCAUCUCACGUGGCACCCCAGGACCACGGCGCCCCGGCUGGGUACCCCCCUGUGGCUGGCUCUGCCGUGAUCAUGGAUGCCCUGAACAGCCUCGCCACGGACUCGCCUUGUGGGAUACCCCCCAAGAUGUGGAAGACCAGCCCUGACCCCUCGCCGGUGUCUGCCGCCCCAUCCAAGGCGGGUCUGCCUCGCCACAUCUACCCGGCCGUGGAGUUCCUGGGGCCCUGUGAGCAGGGGGAGAGGAGAAACUCGGCUCCCGAAUCCAUCCUGCUGGUUCCGCCCACUUGGCCCAAGCCGCUGGUGCCUGCCAUUCCCAUCUGCAGCAUCCCAGUGACUGCAUCCCUCCCUCCACUUGAGUGGCCGCUGUCCAGUCAGUCAGGCUCUUAUGAGUUGCGGAUCGAGGUGCAGCCCAAGCCACAUCACCGGGCCCACUAUGAGACAGAAGGCAGCCGAGGGGCUGUCAAAGCUCCAACUGGAGGCCACCCUGUGGUUCAGCUCCAUGGCUACAUGGAAAACAAGCCUCUGGGACUUCAGAUCUUCAUUGGGACAGCUGAUGAGAGGAUCCUUAAGCCGCACGCCUUCUACCAGGUGCACCGAAUCACGGGGAAAACUGUCACCACCACCAGCUAUGAGAAGAUUGUGGGCAACACCAAAGUCCUGGAGAUCCCUCUGGAACCCAAAAACAACAUGAGGGCAACCAUCGACUGUGCGGGGAUCUUGAAGCUUAGAAAUGCCGACAUUGAGCUGCGGAAAGGCGAGACGGACAUUGGAAGAAAGAACACGCGGGUGAGGCUGGUUUUCCGAGUUCACAUCCCAGAGUCCAGUGGCAGAAUCGUCUCUUUACAGACUGCAUCUAACCCCAUCGAGUGCUCCCAGCGAUCUGCUCACGAGCUGCCCAUGGUUGAAAGACAAGACACGGACAGCUGCCUGGUCUAUGGCGGCCAGCAAAUGAUCCUCACGGGGCAGAACUUUACGGCCGAGUCCAAAGUUGUGUUUACUGAGAAGACCACAGAUGGGCAGCAAAUUUGGGAGAUGGAAGCCACGGUGGAUAAGGACAAGAGCCAGCCCAACAUGCUUUUUGUUGAGAUCCCUGAAUAUCGGAACAAGCACAUCCGCACACCUGUAAAAGUGAACUUCUACGUCAUCAAUGGGAAGAGAAAACGAAGUCAGCCUCAGCACUUUACCUACCACCCAGUCCCAGCCAUCAAGACGGAGCCCACGGACGAAUAUGACCCCACUCUGAUCUGCAGCCCCACCCAUGGAGGCCUGGGGAGCCAGCCUUAUUACCCCCAGCACCCGAUGGUGGCCGAGUCCCCCUCCUGCCUCGUGGCCACCAUGGCUCCCUGCCAGCAGUUCCGCACGGGGCUCUCAUCCCCUGACGCCCGCUACCAGCAACAGAACCCAGCGGCCGUACUCUACCAGCGGAGCAAGAGCCUGAGCCCCAGCCUGCUGGGCUAUCAGCAGCCGGCCCUCAUGGCCGCCCCGCUGUCCCUUGCGGACGCUCACCGCUCUGUGCUCGUGCACGCCGGCUCCCAGGGCCAGAGCUCAGCCCUGCUCCACCCCUCUCCGACCAACCAGCAGGCCUCGCCUGUGAUCCACUACUCACCUACCAACCAGCAGCUGCGCUGCGGAAGCCACCAGGAGUUCCAGCACAUCAUGUACUGCGAGAAUUUCGCACCAGGCACCACCAGGCCUGGCCCGCCCCCGGUCAGUCAAGGUCAGAGGCUGAGCCCGGGUUCCUACCCCACAGUCAUUCAGCAGCAGAAUGCCACGAGCCAAAGAGCCGCCAAAAACGGACCCCCGGUCAGUGACCAAAAGGAAGUAUUACCUGCGGGGGUGACCAUUAAACAGGAGCAGAACUUGGACCAGACCUACUUGGAUGAUGUUAAUGAAAUUAUCAGGAAGGAGUUUUCAGGACCUCCUGCCAGAAAUCAGACGUAAAAGAAGCCAUUAUAGCAAGACACCUUCUGUAUCUGACCCCUCGGAGCCCUCCACAGCCCCUCACCUUCUGUCUCCUUUCAUGUUCAUCUCCCAGCCCGGAGUCCACACGCGGAUCAAUGUAUGGGCACUAAGCGGACUCUCACUUAAGGAGCUCGCCACCUCCCUCUAAACACCAGAGAGAACUCUUCUUUUCGGUUUAUGUUUUAAAUCCAGAGAGCAUCCUGGUUGAUCUUAAUGGUGUUCCAUCCAAAUAUUAAGUGCCUGCUGACCAAAAGCACAUUCUGCACAAGACAGGACACUGGAACUCACCUGAGAACAGAGUGACUGGAGCUUGGGGGGAUGGGCGGGGGACAGAAGAUGUGGGCGCUGUGAUUAAACCCCAGCCCUUGCGUUCGUUUUUCCAGGUCACAGAUACAGCUCCUGUACCUUUUGAAGGAAAGGAGUUCUCAGAGCAACCAAAGGAACGUGACCCAAGAGCCCAGCUUACAGGCUGAAGAAACCCAAAACCCUCGAUAGAGACAGAAACUGAACUGUCAGUCCUUAGAGCUCGCCCAGUCCAUGCCACAACUGGGCCACAGCUAAAGCUUUAUUUUUGAAUUCUCAUUCCAAAACCAAACUGUCCUGCCCAGACAAGAUCACCUGUUAAGACUUCUUGGCGUUAAGUUAUGACAUGUAUACGCGUUUGUUAUUAUUUUUUUUUCUGCUUUAAAAGGCUAGCCAGGGCACCUAGCACUGGAGCUGUCUUGGCGAGCUGUUCUUUAACCCCUGCAGCACGCAGUCCUGCUAACAGAAUUUCCAUAGACUUGGGGGGCUGACCCAGGCUGCAGAGAGCAAGCACCUGUCUGCUGCAGCUGUACAACCUGGAUGCUUUGCAAGGUUCCGGCUUGCUUUCUUCCUAGCAGCCAGAGUGCUUUUCCGUAAAGCAGUGAAGAAUCUCAAGCAUGUGCAUUUAAUUGAGGAAUAGCAGAAGAGCUAAAGUAACCAAGAAAAGAAGUGCGGGUAUUUUUGUUAAGUAAAACAGCCCAAGUGCUUCUGGAGGUGGUUUCUACCAAGAUAGAGGAAAAGGGCUGAAUUCCCUCUAUAUCCUAAAUUCAAAGUGGGACAGUCGAGCUCGGGAUGCGCUUCCCAGCUUCAUUGGUUAAUUUGACCUGAACCUAUUUAAAGAUCCCUUCUGCCCCUGAAGACCUAUCUGCACUAGAAUUCUAACAUGAAGAAAUCUACUCGAAUGCAUCCUUUACUUUGAAUGAGCUCUGUUCGGUUGCAUGUUAUAUGUGAUUUCCUUCCUCCCAACUGUUUCCACUGAGUGCACCCACAGUCUCCCCUAGUCUUCCUCUGUGGGUGUGAUUUUUGUGAUUUUUACAAACAAAACCCUUGAAGUUCUUGGCAGAUGUGUUUCUGUUUGCAUGUACUGCAGAUACCCCAGGACAAGCGGGGGAUUUAUUUUGCAGCCAUUCAGUUGUUUCCUCAACAAAGUGAAAAUAUUCUUAGCACUCAGACUGUACUUAGAGUGUUUUCUCAGUCCAGUCUGUAGGAAGAAGGCCUCAGAAGAAAGUCGUGGCCACUCAGUGCCCACUGUGGGCUUUGUAAGUCCUGGCUCUCCCGUCAAGGUUACCCAGGGGUAAAAGCUUCCUGGGAGUGGGGCCAGGUGUGCUUGGCACUCCAGAUAGAAGACAAAAUGCUCAGAUUCCUGAGUGGGGCCAGGUGUGCUUGGCACUGGACACCAGUGUAUGCUUGGCACUGGCCAGGUGUGCUUGGCACUCCACAUAGAAGACAAAAUGCUCAGAUUCGGGCCUGUGCACUUGUAUGCAACCUGUUGGUCAAUACGUAGCAUUUAUUUUUCCCUAACAAUGAAUGACCUUUCCCUCACCCACCCUAAGCUCAAAGACUUUAGCAAAAUUCUCUUUUAAAUAAACAGAAUGCCAGUAAGAGGUUGACCCCUACCAUAGAACUUCUGGGAUGCUAAAUACUUCCUCACGAACAAAAUAAGUUCUUAUAUAAUUUCCUUAUACUAGCAGCUUCACCUAAAGAAUUUUCUCUCCAGCAAUAUUGACUUCACUGGGGAAAAGCCAGGAGUGUGUGGUGAGUGAUUAGUUCUCACUUGACCUGGCUAGGACUGGCUAGGAGCCACUUUUUGUACAUGAGGGAAUUUGGGCUUUCCUCAGUUAUCUGAAUGUUUUACCCAAGUGCCUUCCUGCUAUUGUAGCAAAGUAGCUCAGCUUCCUUGUCCACAGGGUGAAAAAGGACUAAUGCAUUUUCCAUCAGUUUUCUAACUAUGUUAGCAAAAAGGGCCUCCUGGUAGCUCAACCUCCUAUACGCAUGUGUAUGUGUAAUACACACACAAAUAAACCCCUCUGUUUUUCUAAGACAUCUUAGCUGGAUAUUAUAGGAAGCACUUUCAUAAACAACUGUACCAAAUCGCAAAGGAAAGAGAAACAAAAGCAUUAGAUUUGAGACAUAAACAGGCAAGAGAAAGUGUAUUAGGAACUGACAGCUAUCAAGGAAGUUUUGUCAGUUACAAAUGCUAGGAGGAAAUUUUGCCAAGAAGGAUGGCUCAUGAAAUAUUUCCAGUAUGGGAAGAGGCAAUAAGAUCCUCUAAGAGAAUGAGAAAGUAGGGGUGUCUAAAUGGUAAAGAUGGGUGUGUUGCACGUGUGUUAGAAGGAUCUCAGUUAAGUGAAGGUUUGCACUUGCUACAUCUAAGUUAAUGUAAAUAGGUAGCACUCUGACAGGUCUACCAUGUUUUGCUGAAUGUAGUAUAUUUGCAAAGUUUGCAAGUCUUCCUGUAUUGUACAAAAAUGCUGCUGCUUGAUAAUAUGUAUAGCAAUCCAGAUUAGUAUGUUAUUAAAUUUUAUUUUCUUACCUGUAUUUUUAUGCUUUUUACCUGUCCUCAAAAUAUUACACCCCUGUUGGAAUUAGAUUUAUAUUUAUAAAUGGUCAUAAAUCUUUUUAAGUGUCUCUUUUUACACAUAGGUUUUUUUUUUUCUUAAGAGAAAUGAUGUAUUCUUGAAACAUUUGUUACUUAUUCCAGGAAACAAAAACCCAUAUAAUAAAACCCCCACUCAGAGCCUGUUAGUCACCUCUCUAGAAGAUGGCAUCUCAGGAGAAGGAAUGGCUUUGUGGAAGAAGGAACCACCCUUUUUCUUGCUCAAGAAUUAUGCUGACUUCAGCCCUGAGCCUGGAUCUAGUCACUGAGAAUCAUCAAGUGUCUAGAUCCUCCCCCCAAAAUAAGUAAUCUAGUAGGUGAUUUCGAUUUUAAAAAAUUGACACCAAAACCCUGCCUGCAUUGUAAUGGAAUUCGAAAAGAAUUCAUGUUCACAGAACCCAACUUUCAGGCUAAUAUUUACAGAGGGGACCAAAUCUAAAUCCUGGUAGAUAACUCCUGUAUGCUUUAUCCAAAGGACAUCCACAGUUUUCCAGCAUAGCCAUAACCAAGGAUGAAUUGAUUCCUUCAAAGAACUGGGAGGCACGGAUAUUGCAUUUUUUGUUUACAUCCAGUAGCCAAGACGCCUCAGUGAGCCAGUCUUGGGCAGAGGCUGUCACAUUUAGGCAGAUUGGAAGUUGGUAUGUUCUAAUUCUCACUCUGGACUACAGUGAGGCUGAAUUUAUCAUGUCAAAAAAAAAAAAAAAAUAAGACCUUUCCAAGUGCUUUCUAUUGCUCAGAAUUGAACGAAUGUUUUCAUUUCAAGUUUACAAGAGGCAUGGAUGGAGUUGUGACGUUCUUGACAAGCUGGGCUAACCUUUCCCGAACUUGUUUCCCGGAGGCAAGGUGCUUGGUGACCCAGCGCAUCUUAACCUUGGGUCUCCUAGGCUCGAGGCUAGGGCAUUACCUUUCAUGGAACCAAAACAGCCAAUUGCAUAGCAAGUAUUUUCCUGAAUUCCAAUUAAAUGCUUAAGAAAAAGCAGCAUCCUAUAAAAUUGUGAUCAUAAACAUCCAUUUCCCUCAGCUUUUGUGAGUGCCCUGACUUACAGCCAACAUCACUGUUUAACUCAGCCUGUUUAAAAACAAACUUUUCUGGUGGUUGAUAACAGAGAGUUGCUCCCUGAGCCGUCAGGGUCCUGAGAGCUGGAAGUGAAAGGGUUAUUAACAUUCUACCUUUAUGCAGCUACUGGCUGACUAGAAUAAACUCCCUGCUGAGUUCAAGCUUUGAAUGGAAUGGAUGCAAAUGAUGUUGUUUCCAUUAGAGCAGGUGCUCACAGCAUUCUGAUUGGCCUGAGCAGACCGAGGCUAUGGCUGUUGGAACAAGCUUUAGCAUCCUGGACAUCUUGUCAAAGAACCUCACUCACCCCUAUGGCCUCUGCAGCCCUCAGAGGAGAGAAAACCAGUACAAUUCUCCAACCAACAGAGGUCUCUCCAACAUGGUGCUGCUGGCAGGCUUAGGUUUAGAAAAUCCUGACUGUUAAAGGCGUUUGAAUACAUCACAUUCCUAUGCAAAUGUUUUUAAUCUCCAGUUUAAUGUAGUUUAUUUUUCCUAUAUGUAAAGUAUUUUUAUACGGCUUGUAUCAUGAUAGUUUAGCAAUAAAACCGUUGGAAGCAA